AACGCGGGGGUGAGAUUUUCCUCGAAUGGGAGCGCGUCUUGCAGGGCGACUAGCAAGUCGGUCUGCCACCAAUGAGGGGCGACAUGGUUGUGUUGUAAGUGAUCGUGGGAUUGCAGUACCAUGGCAGAUUUGAUGGUUAGGCGAUGGGCGGCCUUUGAUAUAAAGCAGUGCUCCGUCGUGCCUUGGGAUCGGAUGUUAUCUUCAGGAUCAGAGUCAGCCUUCAGGACCAGUCUCUAGCUUUCAACUCUCAGACCACCGUUCAAGAUGCAGAUCGUCAGCCUCCUCUCUCUUGCCGCGCUCGGCGCCGGUGUCAGCGCCGUGACCACGACUCUUCCCAAGUCGGCCGGCGUCGCGUCCUACCCCACGGCCAUCCCGGUCAAGGGCUCCUACGAUGGCGGCAUGAAGCGAUUUGAGCGGAACCCCACCGUCUGCCAGGGCCAAAAGGAGACGGGCGAAAAGGACGCCAUGUUCAUCCUCGAGAACGGCGCCACGCUCUCCAACGUCAUCAUCGGCGCCAGCCAGGCCGAGGGCGUGCACUGCAAGGGCACGUGCACGCUCAAGAACGUGUGGUGGGCCGACGUGUGCGAGGACGCGGCCACUUUCAAGCAGAGCGGCGGCACCUCGUACAUCCAGGGCGGCGGGGCCUUCAAGGCCUCGGACAAGAUCUUCCAGUUCAACGGCCGCGGCACCAUCGUCAUCGACAACUUCUACGCCAACGACUACGGCAAGCUGGCGCGGUCGUGCGGCAACUGCAAGGACAACGGCGGGCCGCGCAACAUUGUGGUGCAGAACUCGGUGCUCAAGGACGGCGGCGUGCUGUGCGGCAUCAACACCAACUACGGCGACACGUGCAAGAUCACAAACACGUGCCAGAGCAACAACAAGAGCUGCGACCGCUACACGGGCAACAGCAGCGGCAAGGAGCCCACCAAGGUCGGCAGCGGGCCCGACGGCAAGUACUGUGUGGCCUCGGGGUUCCAGAGCAGCUGCUAGGGGAGGUGACUGUAAUAUUGCCUUUCUGGUCAAGGAGGGUGAUCAGGUGACUGGUGACUGGUGACUGGUGGGUGACUUCACUUUGCUGUAAAUAUUCCUUCCUCGUCAGAGGUCGUAUAUAUAGGUAGUACGCGUUAGGUCUAGACUAGACGCGACAAACACAUGACAGUAGGGCAGUUGGACGUCCGUGAAUAGACCUGCGACGCAAAUCUUCAAACACAGACAACAUGCCGUCUGAUCAGAGCAACGGCAACGGCACUCGACACGUGCCCUCGAGGCGACAGCCCGGGCUUGAACUCCUUUGACAUGCUUAAAAU